AACCACAUUUAGUUUGCUGUUGCGCUUCCAACGAUAAACACAUAACGUGACCUACCUUGCGAUUAAAACUUUGUCAUCGUUGACUGUUACUUCGCAUUAAAUACAAUAAUGUUGCCAGUGUUGAAGCAAUUGAAUUCCAAGCGAAUUGUGCUUGCAAGCAGCUCACCACGCCGGAAGGAACUUCUGAAAACAGUUGGUUUGAAUGUUGAAUCAUGUGCGUCGACGUUUGACGAGAAUCUUGAUCUGAAAGAUUUCAACGGCUUUGCCGAAUUUGUCGAAGAAACCGCAUUGCAGAAGGUACUCGAAGUGGCAAAUCGAUUGAAUGCCAAAGCCGAAGCGGACGGUAAGCCAAAAGUUGAUAUCGUGAUUGGAGCCGACACUAUGGUGACAUUGGACGGUCGCAUGUAUGGAAAACCGACGAGCAAAGAUGACGCAAUCGAAACAUUGCAAAAGCUCAACGGCAAGACGAACAUCGUUUACACAGGUGUUGCAAUCAAAUAUGCCGACCAUAUCCACACAUUCACUGAAAUGACAGAGGUUCAAUUUGGGAAUUGUACCACAGAGCAAAUCAAGGCAUAUGUCGACACUGGAGAACCGCUUGACAAAGCAGGAUCGUAUGGCAUACAGCACAUCGGCUCCACACUUGUUGAACGCAUUAACGGUGAUUUUUACACCGUUAUGGGCCUGCCAGUCUAUCGCCUUUCUCACAAACUCAACCAACUCUUCCAAGAAUACCAAUGAUAUCUAUUUAUCAGUGCCGUUAUUUAUUUUUUAAACAAAACGUUCGAGAAACGUUACACCAAAAAAUAUUCUAUUGAACAACCAACAUGAAAAUCCAUUUUAUUUUUUUUUUUUUCAAUUUUUUCAGUGUGAUGACAUAGUGUAUGCAAUAACACUUUCAUGAAAAACGUAAACAAUUUCUAAGUAGAAAAAAUUGCUCGAAUUAAAUAAAAUGUUAUUAGCUGUUUAUGUAAACACAUCAGUAUCAAUACAAGAAAGAACGAAUAAAUCAAUGCUUAUUAUUCAUAACACAU